AAUGGUCUCUCCAAACUUAUUCGAAUUCAAUGUUUUGUAUAUUUAAUAUUAAUAUUAAAAUGAUAUAAGUUAUUUUGUGAGUAAUUUUAACAUUGAUUCAAAGCAAACAUGUCACUCUUUCCGGCAUAUGACGAUGGUAAACAAAAAGUAAAUCGAAAUGUGGAGAAGUUGGAAACAUCAGCCAAUACUACUGUUAAGUGGCAGAGCAAUCAGAGCUAUGAUCUGCCUGCCCAACCUGUGAUUAAUCUGGAAAGUGAACCCGAGUCCGACUCCGAUUCAGACUCCAAAUCCAAACCCGAAUCCGAUAAUGAUUCCGAUUCCCUUGCCAACUCGAGCCGAUGCUCCCCCAAAGAGGCAAUUGUGAAGCGUUCCCUCGAAUUCGAUGGCAGUGUGGAAUACUACGUGGACAAGUCGGCCAAUAAACGACACCUUAAAUGGGAGACGCUGCCACCUCUGACUCGACCCAAGUACUCAAUCAAACUGCGCCGCUUGGCAGAUCCAAAUGGCUGGCGUUCAAAACAACGCAAGAUGAAGAAACGCCCGUGCCUAAGCAAGUACCUGCAGCAGAAGGCGGAGCCAAAGCUGACUGCCGCAGAGGCUGCGGAAAAAACUCAGCGCAUUCAAGAGCUGCAAAGCUUGGUGGCCAACGAGCCGCAACAACUUAACAACUGGAUCGAGUUGCAUCAGCUGCUCGGUCAGAAUGUCUCCAAGAGCAAUCGCCUGGCCGUCGCGGAACAGCAGCUCCACAAGCUCGAAACAGCGCUGGAGCAUCAUGCGGGCAACGAGCAGCUGCUGAAGCUCUACGUGGACACGGCCAGCGCAACAUAUCCAGAUAGUCAGGUGGCCACCAAGAUCGAGCAGCUGCUGGAACGCACACCGUACGAGUACACCCUGUGGACGGCCCUGAUCAUGACCACGCAGGGCACGAUGGCGCGCUGCAAUGUGCCGGACGUGCUGCACAUCUAUGAGCAAUGCAUGCGACGUAUGCACCUGGACUCGAAGGACAAGCACCACCACACGGACGAGCUGAUGCUGAAGCUCUUCCACAACUGUGUGCUCUUCAUGCGCCAAUCGGCGAAUUGUGGUCAAAUGUUUGCGCUGCUGAAGCUGGCGCUGGAAUUGAAUUUCCACAGCUUGAGCUUCGAUUGCUUUGAGGCGUGCGCGGCAAAGGAGGCGCCACUCGUUGACUAUGAGGAGCUCGUGCUGCGCUCUGGCAUGCCGAUGCCCGAGAUUUGGACACGCAUCGAGCGUCUGCGGCAGGCCUACAAUUUUCUGCCCUAUCCACAGCUGCGACGUGAUCAAAUGGAGCAGGACCUGGAGGCGAGACUCGAUUCGCAGCGCUGCAUCUACACGGAUGACGUCUGCCACUACAUUUACCCAUUGAAAUCCGUGGACAAUACGAUGCAGUUGCUGCUGCUCACCGUGCAGCUGACCAAGCUGCCAUUCGUGCGCACCGAUUGCCUGGCAGAGCGUCUGUGCGCGCGUCUCGAUCAGAUUGGUGAUUCGGAGGCCAUCGAAAUGCUGCACGCUGGACUGGGCGAACGAUUCAGUUAUGCGCUGCCAGUGCACAACGCUGGCAAGGAUUACAGCCAAGCCAUGCUGCAGAUGGCCAAGGAGCUGUCGGUUAGUCCCACCUAUAUGCCGCAUGCCAUCGGCCAUGAGCUCUAUGAGGACUGCCUCGCUCAGCUCCUGCUCAAGUGCAGCGACGCCUUGCAAGAUAGAUCGAAGCGUCUGGUAUUUCUUUUGCUAUGGUUUCGCUUUGAGCGACUGCGUCUGCUGCUGCUCAAGCUGGGCGGCAAUCUGACAGCGGAGCAUUGGCGCCUGGCCAGGCAACGCAUGCGGCAGCUACUCAGUCAGCCCGCCAAUCGGGACCUCACCAGUCUCUACACCGAGAUGGCCAUUACCGAGCACGAGGCUGCGGCCAAUCCGGAGCAACUGCAGCGGAGCGCUGGCAUCUUUGAUCGUAUAUUGGCUGCCUCAUCGGAUUACCAAGACGUCGAACUGUUGCAAGCGGCUGUGGUGCGUGCCGAGCUGCUGGUGGCCCAACAGCAACCGCAGCAGGCGCUUCAUUUACUCAGCUGCUUAGCGUUGGGCAAAAACUCGAACUGCAGCCAGGAGUCGAUCGAAAUGGAACAGAAUGAACUGAUCCAGCACAGCGGCCAGCUUUUGGAGGCUGCCUUGGCUACAGCGAGCGAGCAGGCUGCUCGAGCUGCGUCAGCCAUGCCCCUCGAGGAUUACUUCUUGCCAAAUCGUUUGCUUCUGCUGCUCCGCUCGCAUUGUCUGUUGCUGUGCCUGCUAAAUGAAUCGAAUGCAGCCCUUGAACUGCUGGAGCAGCUGCUACGCCAGCCACUAUUUGCAUUGGAGCCGGCACAGCUGGAGCGGACACGCUGUCGUCAUCUGCGGGAACAGCUGCGCGAGCUGCAACUGCUGCUGCUUCAGUUGCCCGGCAGGACGCGUGGUCAGCAGCUGAUCCGAAUGCUGGAGCAGUCGCUGCAAGAGUUUCCGCGCAAUCUGUCACUGCUGCAACGCUGGUCUACACUGGCCACCUUGCCGUGGUACAAGCUGCGCUCACGCCUUGUCCAUAGCAAGGCGGGCAUCCUGGCUCUGCUGCACUUGAUCAUCGCAGCGCAUUGCCGUUUCGUCCAGCACACGAACACGUGCGGCGAUCUGGAACUGGAUCUCGAACAAAAACAGCAGCAGCAGCUGCAGCACAAUCGCAUGCUGAGCAUAUUCGAGACUUUUCUGCCCAGCAAUUCGCAUCGCUCUGUGGAGGAAGCCGAACAAUAUGCGAUUCUGCGUCGCAACUCCUUGUAUUGGCGACUCUAUUUACGCUGUCUGUCUACGGAACGUACCAGUUUUGAGAGUAGCAAACGCUGUCUGCUAAUGGCCCUGGACGAAUGUCCUUGGGACAAGGCGCUCUACAUGGAUGGGGUUACGUAUGUGCCGCAGGAAGUAGGCAAUCUUCAGGAUGUGAUGACUGAGAAGCAGCUGCGCAUUUACGCUUUGCCCGAGGAGCUCAACGUGUUGCGCGAGGCAUAGCAACUGCA